AUGUUGCUACCACUUCUGGGGGCUUGUGCUGUGGUAGGUCCAUUCCAGGGCCCUGAGUGGGAGCCAGUGAGGAGCCUACUGUCUCAGGAUCAGAGCUGCAAGGACCCCCGGUGCUGCGGCAAUCUGCUUGUCUUCUGCCUCUUUCUGAUCUGGCAGAUCCAGCAGUAUUGGUACCAGCUCUCCAGGACCAGGAAGAGGAACGUCACUAAGGUGCCACCACAGAGACGGACAGUGUUGUCUCCCACCCAGGACCCUUUCUUUGAGGUGAUUCCCCAAUUCUUCACUCACGGAAAAACCAGGGGCCUGGAUGUUCACAUCCAGCAGUGGAUACAGAGGCCGCGAUGGGGAUACCAGAGGCGUAUCAGACAACAGUGGGACACCCAGUACCUGCUGUCUCCACAGAAGCCAUGUGAAGACCUGCCUUGGGAUGUCCACAGCUCCACUGAGCCCAUCUUUUGUUCCUCUUCCUUUUCAAACACUUGUCUCCUCCCUCAGGGCAGUUCUUGGGAAGCGUGGCCAUUACCCUGGUAUCCCAGGAAUAGCGAGGCCCACCCUUCCUUGACUGUUUGCCAAAGAAUGGAACGGCUGCUGGCUCCUUCUCAGAAGCUGGUGCCAGUGGAGCCUGUUAGCCUGAGGUACACCUCCACAACUUUAGCUUUCUCUCUUCCAAACGUCCCCCCGGCUCAGAGCCCAGACUUCUGCCUCAGGGAGCUUCUGCCUGAUCCUCUUAACCAACAAUUGGAAGUGCCCAUGAAGGAGUGCUUGGAGAGCCCACUGGGUCCCUUAGUACCAUGGGGUAAAACCCAGACUGCAGGCAGAGAGUACAGGGACGUUGCUCUGCAGUAUCUAAACAGGAGAGAGAACCGAAGGGACAGCGCUCAGGAAGUGCGAGCAUCUGGAGUCUUCCGCCCAAUAGACUCUGGAGUGGAGGAGGAUGGAGAGGUGAAAGGCCUGAGGUACAGAAACCAGAGGCAAGAAAGAAGGGAAACUGAUGGAGAGGUCUCAGUGCCAGGGUGGGACGGGCAAGACCAGGUGAGGACUGCAGAUAGAGAACAAACUGAGAAAGUAGGGAGGAAAACUCAGAGGGAGCCUGUCGAUAAGAAACCUCCUUCCCAGGUUCCUAUGGGAGAGAACCAAGAACAGUUCAGAUGUACAACUGACACAGCAACUCAGACACCACAGUGGGGCGGCUGCUCUGUGGAUGCUGUGGAGACUCCAGCACUGGGGAAGAGGAAUGAGGAAGGAGCCAGCGGGAAGGAAGAGGCAGAGGUCAAGGUCCAAGGAUUGGAAACUCAGGGCUGGACUGGAAGUAGGGCUGCUGAGAAUUCCCAAACGCUAGAGUGGAGGACACAAGACCAGACUGGAGACAAUACAGGGACAGAAACUGAGGCAGAGGAAGGAAGAAACAAGGACCAGAUUGGAAAUGAGGAUGGUGCGGAAAUCCAGACAUCUGGAAGGGAGACUCUGGGAGAAUUCAGACAGCAGGACAAAGAAGAGACCCAGGCCCCGGGGUGGCAGAAACAGGGAUGCAUUAGAACUGAGGACGAGGUCCAGACUCCAGCUGGGGAGCGUGGAGGACAGAGCAGAAGGGAGAACGACAGGAAGACCCAAGCAUCUAAGGGAGAGAACCAGGAUCUGUCAAGACAGGAAGUUGAAUUGGGGAUGAGGAAGCUUAGGGAGGUAAGAGAAGAGGACUGGGUAGUGAUCCAGGCCCCAUGGUGGGGCAGUCAGAGGCUCAUGCCGAUGGCAGUAGACAGAGGACUCACGAUACCAUGCUGGGGACACCAGAGUCUGGUGGGAGGAGAACGUGCUGUAGACAUCCUGUCACUGGAAAGUGACCGACGAGAAGGUGGAGAUGCUGAUGCAGCAAAUCUGGUGACACCCGAGGCCAAGGAGCAGGCUCAAUCCAGUGGACCUGACUUGCAGACUUACACAGUGCAGAGCAAGGAUGAGGAAAAUACUGAAGAGGAAAACGGAACAGACACUCUGGCACUAGGGAUGAGAAACCUGAGAGGGGUUAACGGCACCGGUGAAGCGCAGACCCAGAAACUUGGGGAAGAAAAUCAGGGUCAGUUAGGGAGUGAAUACCAUAAAAUGAUUCAUGGACCAAAACGGAAGAAUCAGAAGCAAGUUGGAGGCAAUGAGCAUAUCAAUAACCAGACAUCUGAGGCAGAGAACUGGGAGGAGCUAACAAGUAAGAAAGGUGAUACGACCCACGCAUCAGGGUUCGAGGAAGCUGAGGAGGUUGAUGGUGAGGAAGGCACAGAAGUUUCAAUAGAAGGGAUGAGAAUCGUGAGUAGAGCCGAAGGGGAGGAAGGUACAGAGACCAAGGCAGCCACAGAAGAAAGCCAGAGCCGGUUAGUUGAUGUGGAUACAAACACCCAUUCAUCAGAGUUAAAGAACCAGAAGGAGGUGGGCAGUGAGGAUGGUACAGAGGCUCAGGCCCCAGAGAAGAGAAAAGAACCUAGAGAUGAUAAUAUAAAGGCCCAGAGACCUGAGAGCAAGAACCAGGGACAGCCGGCUGACGCUAGAGGGAGCUGUUCUGCAAGACGGAGGAGCUGGGAACAGGCCAAAGGAGAGAACACUUCAGAAAAUGGGGCAUUGGAGAAGAAAAACUGGAGAGAGGCUGGAAGAGAGAAUUGUAGAAAGAUGCAGGGACCCACGAGAAAGGAUCAGAGGCGGUUAGGUGAAGUUGAUGGUAAGAUCUACAGGUUAGAGUGGAGGAACCAGAAGAAUUUUAGAGAUGGGAAUGAUGUAGAAAUUAAAAAACAAGGGAAGAGAAACCCGAGAGGCUUCGCAGGAGAGGAUGGCUCAGAGACCCAAAGCUCUGUGCGAGAGGAUCAGAGACAGUCUGGGUGUGAAACCAAUGAAAAGAUUCAGACACGGGGGCAAAGAAUCCAGAGCAAGCGCAGAGACGCUGCUACAGAAAUCCAGGAUGUUGGGGUCCCGAGAAAUUGCAGAGCUGGGGAUUCUAAACUGCCUCAUCCAUCCAGGAGAGGAGAUUGGGUCAGCAGGAAGGAUGCUGUCAGGGCCAGUCCCCCAAAUGGCUCUUCUGGGAGAGUGGGGUCCACAAGCCGGAAGUGCAGCUUGGCUCAGCCGGCCUCUCUCACUUCCGGAUAUGGAACCCCCAGACACAAGCAACCAGUGGCUGGAAAUGGUGUAGACUCUGCUCCUUGUUCUGAAGGACAUCUAAGUAGCCAGAGCACAGCUCCUGCCUGGACGCACAGACGUAAGGUCAGUGAAAGGACCCAGAAGGUCCAACCUGGAUCUCGAAGACAAGAAAAGGACAAAAGGAUGGAUCCAGAAAAGGCUUCCAGCUCGACCUGCCAGCACCCGUAUCCACAGUCUCCAGCAUCCUCUGUCUUUCCCUCUCUCCUAUGUCCCCAAGUCUCCCAAGCUGCCCCAGCUCUAGCAUGCCUACCAGUUGCACUCACCACCCCUCACAAAUGGCCAGUCCUCAAGAAGAGCAAACAACUGCUCCUGGAAUCCCUCAUGAAGAGGAGGAUUGCACAUCUGAGAUGGGGCCUCCCUCGACGAAUCCUGGAGUCUUACUUGCUUUUUCACUUCUUAGAAUCUUGCUCAUUGCCGCGGGCUGGAGCGAGGCUGCCUGGAUUACGCCCAGACCAGGAACGCCAAAGGCAGCAGGAACGACAUUGUGCGUCCCAGGCAUCCCUGUUAGGCCUUGGGUCUCCAGCCAGGUCUCGAAGCCGUCCAGUUCUUGAAAAAAAAAGCUCUAAACUUUGUACCCAAGUCCAGACUCUUGAGAAGCGUAGACCAACCGAAUCAGAGCCAAUGGGCAGUUCCAUUCCACCUAAGAAACCCAGGAGAAUAAGACCACCAGGGGGAGCAAGAGAACCACAGAUCCAGGAAGCGGCCACUAAGGCCAAAGUUCCUGCUCCCAGGAAUCUCAGGCCCACAGUAGAGUCUAGGAGCUGGCAUAACCCAGGAGCAGUCCCAGAGCUUUCCAUUGAGAACAGCAGAAGCAGAAGAAUGGCUAGGCCUGGAGCCUCCCAUGUGGAAGAGAAGACUCCCAGCAAAGCGACAGCCUCAUCCUGUCCAGGAGGCUACAACCACUGGAAAAAGGAAUGCAUUCCAAGGGAAGCCUCCGAGCUCCCCACUGUCAAGUGUCAACCGCCCACAUGCGGAAGAAGUGGAAGCGCGGGGCCUGCAGAGGACCGAAAACGAGCCAGUUCUCCACAUACCUCCAGCUUCAAAGGGAGCAUCCACUCGGCUGCAACCAGACUGAGCAUGACCAUCUGGAACAAGGCACCGUGGUCUACACAGCUGGCUAAGACCCAGCACUCAACCCCCUUUCUCACCCCGAGGAAUCCUACCCAACCUAGCAAUGUUGGGGCUCCAUAUAGAGAGGAGGACAGCAGCAGAUUCCCCACAGCUUUGGAGAAGGACCUGGAACCACCAGGACAUUCUUGUACAGGAAUAACUGUUCCUAAGAUAGAGAGCUACCAGGAACAGGAGACACCUGAGAAGUCAAAGGGGGCACCACAAAACCCAGCCGUCUCUCAAAAGUUUGGUUUUAUGAGGCACUUGAGAUAUUUUCUCAGACAGUAUGGCCUUAAAAAGUAGCCCACAGGCCCAAAGUCCUUAGGACAUGUCAGAGAAAGCUCAAUGAGAGUGACCUGCGUAGUCUCAGAGCCUCUAAUAAAAUUGGUUAUUUGGA